UAAAAUACUCCUUAGUAAUAAAAUUGAAUAUCAAUUUAAAAGAUGAAUUAUUAAAAGAAGCAAGUUUUUGUGUACAAAAAUUUGGAAUUGUUUGUUCGUUUCUUUUUUUUUUUUUACAAAUAUCCUUUGAUUACAAAUAUUCCCAUGAGUCAUUGUACACAUAUAUUGUAUAUAUGCUAUGUAUAUUAUCGGACGAGUUACGAAUAAUCCUAUAGGGAAUUUGUUGGAAAAGAAAAGAAAAUUCACGGCGCGUAAUGCGAGUAUUCGGCAGUUACGAAACAGAAAGCGAUAGCUACGGCGAAUACUUUAGGUUCUUCUCAAACUGUUUUGUAUUCACAAUGCUUUUACUAUCAGCCUUAUAAACGUGGGCCCGCAUAUAAAGACGAAAGACGGACUUCUCCUAAGAACAGUUACAUUUUUUCUUCGUCGAUAUAACAACUAUAACUGAUAGUUAUGAAGAUAAUCUUCUUGAUCCUUUGUAUUGGAGUGGUAUCAUCAGCAACAGAAUAUAUGCCCAGAGGAUGGCGUCCAAGUGGGAGAUACUUCAACCCUGGUCACAGUCAACCACACGCUUAUUAUCGACCGCCACCUGGUCCAUCGAAUACGAUCACUUAUCCAGCAGCUUUUUCACCUCCUAGUAAUGCCCCAACAACACCUAGUACGUCAACGAUACCAACUACUACAACUACUCCUAUUACCACUACCACGACUGAGAGAACCAGAGAACCAACGACGCAACCGAAUUUACCUGAUGAAACUUUUGACACGAAUCCGGCCCUUGCCAUCGCCAAUUCCUUCGCGUUCAACAGACCUGUCUACGUUUAUAAUACCUUCCCGUUUCUCCCAGGACACGUAUUAGUCAAGUAACCUGACCAGAACCGAAGAAUAUCCAAGAGAGAACUUUGGAAUAAUCCGACCAUCCUCUUCUCCUUCUCCUUCUCCUUCUCCUCCUCUCUUUUUUCUUCUUCUUCUUCUUCGCUUUUGUUCACGUAUGUAUACGUUUCAUAGUAUUGUCUAUUAUAUAUAUAUAUAUAUAUAUAUAUAUAUACCACAGAUACAUUCCAUGAACUAGUUAUGUGUAAUAUUAGUUUUCGCGAAUACAUGCUCAUCAACACUUUCUGCCAUCAAUUGUUUCCGAAACUUUAUGCUUGUAAUUUAAUAUGUAGAACCCUAGAUUCUAUUGUAUUAUUAUUAUUAUUAUA